AUGCACAAGUUGUCCACCAAGAUCCCAAAUAGGUUGCUCAGGGAUGAAGCUUUCAAGAAGGAAUUCAGUGCUUGCGUUUGGUCUGAUCUGCUUGAGCCUGACGAAUUUGAAGAGGAGUGGAAAAGAGUGGUGGAAAGUCAUGGGUUGGAAGACUUUGACUGGUUUAACUCAUUGUACGAACACAGGCAUUUCUGGAUACCGGCGUAUUUUAGAGAUUUUCCACUGGGUUCGAUGAUUAGGACAACAUCCAUUUCCGAAUCGGAGAACAGUUUCUACAAAAGAUUUCUGAAGCCCCGUGCGAACAUAGCCGAGUUCUACAUGAAUUUCAACCAUGCUGUUGAGUUUCAGCGUAACAGUAGGACGGCGUUAGACUACCACGAUGCCACUGCUUUGCCCAUUUUGGCGACUACAUUGCCGUUUGAGAAACAUGCUUCGACGCUUUACACGGAUACGAUGUUCAGGAAAAUACAGGAAGAAAUCGUUGAGGGUAAUGAUAGAUGUCGCGUGCUAGGAUUUUCUUCGACUGAAUUUGUUGACACCUACAAGCUUGGGGAUAGCAAUCGCAAAUCGUAUUUGGUGACUCAUGAUAGGAGUGCUGAGUCAUAUUAUUGCGAAUGCAAACUAUUUGGUAGGCAUGGAUAUUUGUGCAGACAUAUUUUUUUCAUUUUCAGGAACAAUGAGUUGAAGAAAAUACCAGAAAAAUACUGCCAAAGUAGAUGGAUGAAGACUCCGCUAGCCAAGGCGGUCCAUGGGAAAAUUCAUGAUGACAUUCCUACCAGAUCUGUUGUUGACGAUAGGCAAGCAGUGUCAAAGCAAGGCAUUUCUAUGUUCUAUGGUUUCCUCCGGCGGUUUGAGGAAGACAUUGAUUUGCUACGGGCAUUUGUAGGCGGCGUUGAAGAACUUGGUAAAUCUCUGCAAGCUAAGAAUCUGACAACAUCAGCAAUUGAAAAAGGGCGAAUGAUUGAAGAGUUCUAUGGCAUGGUGCGGCCUGAAGUUGUGGAGGUUCAUCCUCCAGAUGUGGUCAAGACCAAGGGGCAUGCUAGCAGCUCAAAGAGCCGACUGAUUUCGAAAAGGGAAAAGGCUCUAAAGGAUGCUAGUCGGCCUCAAAGACGGUGUAAGGCUUGCGAUGAGAUGGGCCACCAUGACUCCAGAAAUUGUCCUAGACUUAAGAGAUGGAGAUGGAGAAAGAGUUGGGGAAGGGCAAGAGUACGAUGUGAUGUAAUUUAUGGAUUUAUGUAG